AUGGUGAAAAUAAAUCAUAGAAUUCAGCAAUGGCAAAGGCAAGCAAAAGCCAGGCCAAAAUCCCAUGCUAAACCCACAGCUACUGAUUCGAAAGAGAAUUUAGAUCCUUGGGAGGCUGCUGGGACAGCAGACAAGAAAAGGUCUAUUCUUGUUGUUUGGUCUAAACCUGAGAACCACCACCUUACAGACUCAUUACUCACUCUCAUUGAGGAGAGUAACACCUAUUGCAAAGCAUUUGGAUUUGCGCUACUUGGUAGCGGCAAGAACCGUGUGACAAAUGGACUAUGCAAGGCAUUCAUAAAGCACCGUGAUUUGAUGUUACAGACUGGUCAGGGAUUAAUUGAUGCUGAUUACCAAGUCAAAAAUAAGUUUCCGUGGUACAAACAGAUGAGUGCCUUGUAUCAUGAGAGUCCUGCUGUGGACCACUCUGCCAUGUCUAACAGUGCAUCUCAGCUUGAUCUAAGUGUCCUCAACUGUUCUCAGACCAUGGAUGAUGACAAAUCAAGCACCGUCUUCACUCCUCUCUUGUCACCCUCCAACAAGCCUAUGACACCUGCUCCAUGUGUUAAGUCUGAGCCAUCUUUUGUCCAUCGUACAAGUGGCCAGAAGCAAAAGUCAAUGCACAGCCAUAUUGAGGACCUUACCACCUCCCUUGGUGAGUUGAGGGUAAAAGUUGCUCGAGUGUGGGAGCAAGAACAUACUCUGCGGAUUCAGGCAAAGCAAGAUCAAAAACAGGCUGAGUUUGAUUCUUGCCUCCAGUUUAAGGCUGCCAAAGCUGAACGACAAUAUGCACAUGAGCUUGUCAUGCUUGAACGGCAAAUUGAACUCGAGCAUCUACGAGCUUAA